GGGAAGGCUUGCCCUGUAUGUAAAGUGGGCUGGGUCCCCUUCAAUUCCAAGUGUUACUUCUUCUCCACUGAUAAACGGACCUGGAAGAUGAGCCGUGGCAAGUGUGUGAAAAUGGGUGGGCACCUGGUGAUUAUAGAAAGUGCAGAGGAGCAGGCAUUUUUAAAAAAUGAAAUUAAUAUCAAAGAAGGUAAUGACAAAAGCUAUUGGAUUGGCCUGACUGAUCAAGUGGAAGAAGGUCAGUUUCUCUGGGUGGACAACAGACCUCUAGAUCCAAAAAACAGAUUCUGGGACAACGGCCAGCCUGACAAAGAAUCUGAAGACUGUGUGCAGCUAGGAGUAGACGACAAAUGGGACAACUGGCAUGACUUCUCCUGUGAGGUGGAAAGAAAAAGAAUUUGUGAGAAAACUGCUGAGCUACUUCUCAUUUAAAUAGUGCUAGGCAUGACAUAGGAUGAAGUUGCCAUUGUCAAGCAUCUUCAUCUCUACAGAAUGUUUUAGUCCCUUGUUGCACCUUUUCUCUUCCUGUCAUUGAUGUGUUGCUUUUUCCCAUAAAGUGAUAUGAUGUUUUCUUGAUCAUAUUUGAAAUAAUAAAGCUUAAGAGUAGGUUGCAUAACUAGUAAA